ACUUGAUCAGUAUUAAUACCUGUAUGUACACAUACAAUCAAGGAAGUUAAAUUGCAUGACAUUGUCUAACUUGUAAUCACAAAUUCGGUUGUUAUUUCUGACAUGGCUGCAGUAACAAGUUCAAACUGUACUGUGUGUGAGUCACAGUCCAUUGUUAAAACAGCUGUGAAGUGGUGUUUCGAAUGUGAUGAAGCAUUUUGUCCUGACUGCCUAAAGUACCAUAGCAACGCGAAGUCAACAAAAAGUCACGCCGUCAUUGACGUAAGUGAUCAGAAAGAGCUGCCUUAAUUCGUACUGAAAAUAAAGCAGCAUUGCGAGGAUCAUGGGGCACUAUUCCAGAACUAUUGCUUAAGUCAUGAAAGACCAUGUUGUAGGAAAUGCAUAAACUUGACCCAUAAAAACUGCAGAGAUAUGCCACCUCUAGAAGAUGUUACCAAAGAUGCUCGUAAUUCAAUAGCAUUAGAAGACAUUAAAGAGCGUCUGCAGAAUCUAAAAAAGUAUUAUGAGCGUCUUUGUCAGGAAAAACAGUCAAAUACCAAAGAAAUAAAGGCUGAGGCGAAGACUAUUAUUGAGCAUGUUAAAUCAACCCGACUUAAAUUGAAUGAAUAUUUAGACCGUUUAGAAAAGGAAGUUCUUCAGAAGGUAUCCGAUCUUGAAAAAAAUGCACUGCAAAAUAUAGAGAGAAUUUAUAACGAUUUGAAAGGGAAGGAGGACAGAACAGAUGAAUUAAACAAAGGACUAAUAAAAAUGCAAAAUCAUGCGUCAGAACUUCAGAUAUUUCUCGGAACCAAGGAAUUCGAAUUUGAAAUAAGUACGCAGGAAAAAGAAAUCGAAGAGUUGGCAAAAGAUCAUUCGUUUGACAUAAGACGCAUUGUUUUUAAAGAAAAUAUAAAACUUUCAGCUUUUACCUCUGAUGUAAGUUCCUUCGGUGAUAUUGGAAUAGAGAUGAAACCAUCAACAAUCCGUGACACAAAGCCAAAUGAACAACAGGUACAGAUCACAGUUGAGAGAAGACAGUUUGAUGACAUCAAUCUAAAAUUGGUGACGGGAUUUAAGAUCGAGUUAGAAGUGUUUGGAUGUGCAAUUUUGGAAAAUGAUAUUGUAUGUUAUACAGCUACUAACACACAAACCUUAUAUGUGAAAAACACUAAUGGAGUUUUGUUACACUCUAUUGUUCUUCCUGAACGCCCAUAUGACAUCGUGUUUGUAAACGACCAAUCAUUAGCUGUUACAACAUCGCGUUCUGGAGGUAAAAUAUUAAUCGUCAACCUAAAAAACAGAUCAGUUGUGAAAACUAUCGAGGCUUCAAAUCAAUGUCAUGGUAUAUCCCUUUCCGAUGGGAACUUGAUAUGCAGUUCAAUUAACGAAGGACUACUCUCAAUUAAUCCCGAUAAUGACAUUUUAACUAAGCUUGGUGUUGGAAGUAAAACACAUGAUGCAUAUGUUGCAGUGCUUGAUGGAACAAUGUACUGCACUGAUACUACAUGUCCAUCUAUACAAUGCUACAACGUUGAUAAAACACUCGUUUGGGAAUUCAAGCACAAAUCGUUGCAAGAACCACGCGGUAUAGCUGUUGAUAAAACUGGAGUCGUUUAUGUCGGGAAUGAGGGCGGUGGAAACAUAAUUAUGAUCUCCCCCGAUGGAGCAAAACACAAAGCAAUAAAGGUGGAUAACAUUCCAAAUCCGAGGACACUUAGCUUCAACAAAACAAGAACACGUUUGCUUAUUUGCAAUUUGAAAGGUCAAGCGGGCAUUUUUGAUGUCAUGUGAUCGGUUUGUGGAAGAACAUUUAUAUCAGUGCCUUUCGUAUGGUACUUUAUUAUAUGGAAAUGUGAUUUUCUACAGUUGCCUUUCAUAUGGUACUUUAUUAUAUGGAAAUGUGAUUUUUUCUAAACUGUAAACUAUUGAAAUGUCAUGCUUCGUCAAAAUAUAGAUUUUUUGGUGUGUUUUUGUAAUGAAUUAUUAUAAAAAGCAUAUCAUCGAUCUUGGUUUCAGCUACGUAUUAUGCAACACGGAAAAUAAACUUCUAAGUCAAAUUGAUAAAUACCAUUUAAACUUUAUUGAAUAAAGGUCAACGUGACAAUA